CUCUGCUGGUGCCUGGAGAGUGAACGAUGUCGAGUCCGGACCCUUCGACCCUUUCCUGAGGGUUAAACACUGGAUUUUAAUUAGUUUUUAUAAUAUUUUUUACCGUCGCGUAGGGGUUUGAAGUGCGACGUCAACAAUGAUGCGCUUCCUGCUGCUCUUCAGUCGCCAGGGGAAGCUGCGUCUGCAGAAGUGGUUCACCACCGUUUCAGAGCGAGAGAAGAGGAAGAUCAUCAGGGACAUGACCACCAUGGUGUUGGCACGGCAACCCCGCUCCUGUAACUUCCUACACUGGAAAGACCUCAAAAUCAUUUACAAGAGGUAUGCAAGCUUGUAUUUCUGCUUGGCCAUAGACAAUGAUGAGAAUGAGCUGCUAGCCCUGGAGGUUAUUCAUCGUUAUGUGGAGCUGCUGGACAAGUACUUUGGCAAUGUGUGUGAGCUGGACUUAAUCUUUAACUUUGAGAAGGCCUAUUUUAUCCUGGAUGAGUUCCUAAUUGGCGGUGAGAUACAAGAAACCUCCAAACAGAUUGUGAAUCGCAGUAUCGAAGCCUCGGACAUGCUACAGGAGACCAUGGAGGAGUAUAUGAGCAAACCUGCAUUUUAAAUCAUGGAAAAGGGACAUAAAUGGGGGAGGAACACAGGAACCAAGUGUACUGUACACAAGUCCAAGAAGUUUUUGAAUAUGGAAAUCUGGAUCAGCUUUGAUUCUACUGCACAUUUUCAAAGGGAAAAUUUGCCGUCUAGAAUGUCUGCUCCUGCUCUAAGCACCGCGGCAAUAUAACUUGAUUUGAGAGUAAGUGUGUUUGUUCAUAGUAAUGCAUUCAAGUGAAGGAAGGGGUUUGGGAGUAAAGCUUUUUUUAUUAAAAAGUGAAUGAAGUAGUAAUACAGGUCCAGGGAUAUUGGAUAUCUUUGUUCCAAAAACUCUAUGUGGACUGUUUGCGUGAAAAUGUUGCAGAAUUUCUGUGAAGUUAAAAAUAACAAAUUUAUAUUAGCAAAUAACAAAUUAUGAAUUAAAGUAAUUAUAUGUUUCAGAUUGUUUUUACUCUAUAUAAAAUAUUAUUAAUGUGUGGGAUCAUUGGUGUUGAAAAGGAGCAGCUGCUCGUGUGGGUGUGAACGUCACUGUUUUUCAUGAUGUGAAAUGUAUGAUAUUGGAGCUUAUGAGUAAAAUAUGUAUUUUGAUAAAACAGUCUGCUUUGAUUAA